AUGCAGCCCAUGAGACCAGCCCCAGAGGCCAAGAUGAAGAAGAUCUCCACAGCCACCAUCAACCUCCCCUUCGUAACCAACAUGGGCUCCAAAAGCAAGUGCCUCUUGACCAGACCUUUCCGACACCAGGAAGACUAUUACAAGCCGGGGGACCUGAUUGUGGGGGGGAAUCUACCCCUCAUCAGCGCCGUCGACCUGAUGAAGUCCUUCGAUAUGCCUCCCCAAGACCAGGAAUACUGCUCUGACCAGGAUAUGCCAGUGCCCAAGAACUACCAGCAUAUCCUGGCCUUGGUGUUUGCCAUCGGCGAACUCAACAAGGAUCCGGCGCUGCUUCCCAACAUCACGCUGGGCUUCCGUAUAUACGAUGACAAAGAGAACGUGAGAAGGAUCUUUCAGGACAGCCUGUCUCAGCUCUCCACACGGGGGAAACUGGUGCCCAAUUACAAGUGUGAUCAGCAGGACAGGCUGGUUUCCGUCAUUGGGAGUCUCGACAUCAAAGCGUCGAGGCAGAUGGCAUCCGUCUUGGGCACCUACAAGGUCCCACAGCUCGGUUAUGGUUUGUUGAACCCUGUUUGGGGAGGAAAAAACUCCUUUCCUUCUUUCUACCGGAUUGACCCUAAUGAAGCCUCACAAUACAUAGGCUUAAUUAAGCUGCUCCUCUAUUUCCACUGGAAUUGGAUCGGGGUCUUUGCCCCAGGUGACGAGAGGGGCGAAAAUUUCAUCCGGACCCUGCGGCCCAUGCUUGCAGAAAACGACAUCUGCGUCGAGUUUUUCAAAACGGUCCCUCGGGACGACUUGAUGCGCGAUGCCAUUUACUAUGACAGGGACCCGCCCGUUUAUCGCUGGGAAGCCGAAGUGGCAAUUGUCUUCGGGGACAACAUUCUCAUAGAGCAAAUAACAGGCCGCUUCUACGCCCAUAAGAAAGAGAAUUACGAGUCCCCUUGGAACGUUUGGACAAUUUGGAUCCUGACUUCCCACUGGGAGUUCUCUGCGAUGGGAGUCCCCUUCCACUGGCGCUCUCUACGGUUCUUUGGUGGUGCGCUGUCCUUCAGAGCCCACGCAGGAGAUGUGCCGGGGUUUGGAGAUUUCCUCUGGUCCUUGGAUCCAAAGCAGCCCCGGGGGGACGUAUUCCUCCGCGACUGGUGGGAAGGUGCGUUUUACUGCGAGUUCGUCAUAUCGGACCAGUUUCCUCCAGAGGAGCUCAAAAACUGUACCGGGGAGGAGAAGGUGGAGGACUUGCCCCCGAUCUUGUUUGAAAGGAGAAUGACAGGCCGCAGCUACAGGGUCUACAACGCCGCAUAUUCCGUAGCGCAUGCUUUGCACUUUUUGCACUCGCCGGGGUCAAAACGGAGGGCGCCGUGGGGUGGCAAGAAGCUUCUGGAUGUCCAGCCAUGGCAGAUCCACGCGACUUUAAGGAACAUCCGCUUUAACAACAGCGCUGGAGAUGAAAUAUCUCUUAUCGAAGACAGUGAGAGAUCGGUUGACUGGGAUAUCCUGAACUGGAUCUUUUUCCCAAAUGGGUCUUCAGCGAAAGCAGAAGUCGGAAGGGUGGCGGCUCCCCCAGGCCAAGACUUCACCAUUAACUCAGAAGCAAUUGUGUGGGGUGCUGAGACAAACCGUUUUGCCAGAUGUGUGGAGAGGUGCCCUCCAGGGCACAGCAUAAAAGUGAAAGAGGGGGAGCCAGUUUGCUGCUAUGGAUGUGUCCGCUGCUCAGAGGGGACCUUUUCUAACCAGACAGAUGCAGCUCAGUGUGCCCAGUGCCCUGAAGAUCAGCACCCAAACGAGAAACAAAACCGGUGCGUUUCCAAGAAAAUCAACUACCUUUCCUAUCACGAUAUCCUGGGCUCUGUUUUGGUUUUCCUUGCCUUUUUCUUCUCCCUGCUCACCUCUUUGGUCUUGGCAACCUUCGUUAAACACCGAGACACGCCCAUCGUCAGAGCCAACAACCGGGACCUCACCUACGUCCUUCUCGUCUCCCUCCUGCUCUGCUUCGUCUGCUCCUUCCUCUUCAUCGGCCGGCCCGGGACGGUCACCUGCCUUCUCCGACAAACGGCUUUCGGCCUCGUCUUCUCUGCUGCCGUUUCUUCCAUCUUGGCCAAAACCGCCACCGUGGUCCUGGCCUUCAUGGCCACCAAGCCAGGAAACAUGGCGAGGAGACUGUUAGACAGACAACUGACCAACGGCAUCGUCCUGACCGGCCCCCUGGUCCAAGUUGUCAUCUGUGCGGCGUGGCUCGGAACCUCCCCUCCGUUCCCAAACUUGGACUUCCAUUCCCUAGUCGGAGAGAUUGUAGUGGAAUGCGACGAAGGCUCUGCCGCCAUGUUUUAUUCUGUCCUGGGUUACAUGGGUCUCCUGGCCCUCACCAGCUUCACGGUGGCUUUCCUAGCUAGGAAAUUGCCCGACAGCUUUAAUGAGGCCAAGUUUAUCACCUUCAGCAUGCUGGUCUUUUGCAGUGUCUGGGUCUCCUUUGUCCCAACAUACCUGAGCACCAAGGGGAGAAGCCUCUCAAGGUCAUGCCAGUCUGUCGCCGCCACCCAGGAUGUCCGCUCCACUUCCCCGUGGGGAGGAGUUGCGGUGGACCGCGUGGCCGCCCCUCCCCACUUCCGGGUGGCCGGGGAACCUUGUCCCUCGCCGCCUGGAGGAGUCCCGGCCACGUCAGCAAGCAGCCGGCCAACCAGCCGGCUGGGGGCUUGCUUUUAA